UGGGACUCAGCUUCUGAACUGGAAUUCAGGACAAGCAGAGAAGAGACUGAGCUCCAAGGAUGAGAAGUCUACUUUUCCUGGUGCUGAUUUCAGUCUGUUGGGCUGACCACCACCUUUCAGACAGCUACACUCCUCCAGAUCAAGACAGAGUUAUUCACAUCCAAGCAGAAAAUGGCCCCCGUCUACUUGUGGAAGCAGAACAAGCCAAGGUCUUCUCUCACCGAGGUGGCAACGUGACACUGCCAUGCAAAUUUUAUCGCGACCCUACAGCAUUCGGCUCAGGAAUCCACAAAAUUCGCAUCAAGUGGACCAAGCUAACUUCAGAUUACCUCAGGGAAGUAGAUGUCUUCGUUUCCAUGGGCUAUCACAAGAAGACCUAUGGAGGCUAUCAAGGUCGAGUGUUUCUGAAGGGAGGCAGUGAUAAUGAUGCCUCCCUGGUCAUCACAGAUCUUACCCUGGAGGAUUAUGGGAGAUAUAAGUGUGAGGUGAUUGAAGGGCUAGAAGAUGAUACUGCUGUGGUGGCAUUGGAAUUACAAGGUGUGGUGUUUCCUUACUUUCCACGACUGGGACGCUACAAUCUUAACUUUCACGAGGCACGCCAGGCUUGUCUGGACCAGGAUGCAGUGAUUGCUUCCUUUGACCAGCUGUACGAUGCCUGGCGGGGUGGGCUGGACUGGUGCAAUGCUGGCUGGCUCAGUGAUGGAUCUGUGCAGUACCCAAUCACCAAACCACGAGAGCCCUGUGGGGGCCAAAACACGGUGCCUGGAGUCAGGAACUACGGGUUUUGGGACAAGGAUAAAAGCAGAUAUGACGUUUUCUGUUUUACAUCCAACUUCAAUGGCCGAUUUUACUACCUGAUUCACCCCACCAAACUCACCUACGAUGAGGCGGUGCAAGCUUGUCUCAAUGACGGUGCUCAGAUUGCGAAAGUGGGCCAGAUAUUUGCUGCCUGGAAGCUUCUGGGCUAUGACCGCUGCGAUGCUGGCUGGCUGGCGGAUGGCAGUGUCCGCUAUCCUAUUUCUCGGCCAAGAAGGCGCUGCAGUCCUACUGAGGCUGCAGUGCGCUUUGUAGGUUUCCCAGAUAAAAAGCAUAAGCUAUACGGGGUCUAUUGCUUCAGAGCAUACAACUGAGUGUGCCCUAGGGAAGAGUCAGCUCUCGAGUUACGUGAAAGUUUUGUUUGUUUGUUUUUUGUUUUUAAUAUGAACUCAUGCAAGUUACCAAAACUGUGAUAACCCUUUUUCACUUACUGUAAAGAGUCGUUUUCGUAAAGGCCAAUUCAUUCAUUUGUUUUGUAAAG